AUGAAUGCCAGAUUGCAGGAUUCGUUGCUCGAGUUUAGAAAUCAGCAUUACAGCAAGUUCGUGAAGGACAUUGAGAAGAAUGGCCGCAAGAACGAAUAUUCUGAUGGAAUGUCGUUUACCGAAUUAGACGAAUGGCGAACAACUACCUUAUCAAAGACUCUGCAUCAAAGAUACAAAGAUACCGGUAUACUAUGGCUGGAAAAGACAGAACUUGCCAAAUUGAUGGAAUGGAAACUUGCACGAGGAAAGUUUAGGGCAACUCUAGAAAAAUUGAUCCAGAGUAACGAUCCAGACUCGGUCAAAUCGUUUACAGAUGCAGCUUUCCAGGUUUUAGUUGAUUGGACUAAAAGCCGAUCAGAUGCGUCUGAACCGUUUCCAAUUGUCGUCCGCAAGGCUAUGGAUCAUGCAUGUAAAUUAAGAGGUGUCGGGCCAGCCACCGCAACGCUCAUAUUAUCAUUGUCUGGUCCUGCUCUGCGCAUGUCAGACCUGGGAGCGCACGACGUGCCAUUUUUCUCUGAUGAGGUGUUCGAGAUACUCAAUCCCAGCUACGGUAAGAUAAAGUACACUGCCAAGGAGUACAUCGAUCUGGUUUUAUCAAAAAUGGCCGUUUUCGACGCCGCAAAGCUGCAAAACGUAGAAGAGGCAUUGUGGUGCCUGCGAAAAACGGAAAAAAUAGGCAAGCCAAGCAAGUCGGUUGAGAAACUGCUAGAUGAACUCCGCAGAACGAUAGCUCUGGCCCCUUCUGAGGAAAAACCUUCUGUAAAACGUCGUAAAAUCCAAUCUUAA